AUGAUCUUGACCACCACAUUCGUCUGUUUCUGCCUGGCCUCGGCCUUCAACUAUUUCAGGACCCGGCGGCAGAGAUCGCUGAUCAAAAACCUGAAAGGUCCCUUUACCUGGCCGCUGAUGGGAGCAAUGCAAAAGUUGCUAUUCCUGACGCCGAAAAAUUUCUUCCAGCGCAGCACUGAAUACCUCAGCAAAUAUGGCUCAUUGAGUCGCUGUUGGGUCUUCCAUCGCCUCUUCAUUCCCCUGGCGGAUCUGGAGCUCAGCAGACAGCUUCUGGAAAGUGACACACAUCUGGAGACGGGAUAUGAGCUGAUGAAGGAUUGGCUGGGAGGAGGCGUUCUCAUGUGUCAGUCGGAUCAGUGGCAACAGCGACAUGCUCUUAUUAGUGGUCUUUUUGGCAAAGGAAACUUGGAACAGUUGAUGGAUUUAAGUCGCCAACAGGCGGAUCAAUUGCAACGAAAAUUGGCGGAAAAGGCCGAUCGAAAGGUGUUUGAUAUCUGGGAAACUGUGAGUCCUAUUGUUUUGGAGCUCAUAGUAACGAUCACCUGUGGUGCCAGGCCCAGUGAGGAAUACUCCAAGAAUCUAGAAGAUUUAUCGAAGGUCUACAGAAAACGGUUUCUGAGCCUGCAGUCUGCAAACAGAUUCAAUUUUUGGCUGAGUUCUCCUUUUAUGAGAACACGUCAGAAUCGAUUGAUAAAAGUAUUAAAUGAGGAACACAAGAAUCUCAUAGCCACUCACCAAAGUCAAAAGCAAUUGAAAAUUGCAGACACGUAUCAGUUAGCGCCAAUACCUACGAAGAAUUUUGAAUGCCUUUUGGAAAUGCUCCUGGAAAGUAAAGAUACCCAACUUACAACCCAAGAAAUCUGUGGAGAGCUGAAUACCUGUAAUUAUCUGGGCUAUCUGCUCUGCAGUUCAGCUCUAUGUUUCUGCCUCGUCACAAUUGCUAGAAAUCCAUCGGUUCAGCAAAGGUGUGUGGAGGAGUUAAAUCUGGCUCAGAUCAAGGAUCAGCAUCAAGGCUGGGACCUGGAAAAGCUAUCUUAUCUGGACGCUGUUCUGCAAGAAACUAUGCGACUUUACCCACCACAGGUGAUUGUUGGGAGGCAACUCAAGAAGGAUUUCGCCUACACACACAGUAUCGUGGGAGAUGGAGAUCUCCCCUUUGGUUCAGAGAUCUACAUAAAUCUCUAUGAACUGCAGCGCAGUGAGAAUCGAUAUUCCAAAGCAAACCACUUCGAAGCGGAGCGAUUUUUGGACUCUCCUCCGGAACUCCUGAGCUUUAGUCUCGGUCCUCGUUGUUGUCCAGCGCGAAAGUUUAGUAUGCAGCUACUAAAAACAUUGCUGGCUCCUAUUUUGGCCAACUUUGAACUGUUGCCCUAUGGCGAUGAGGUGCGCUUGGACUUGCGACUUAUAAUGGGAUCAUCAAACGGCUUUCAGUUGGCAUUAAAGCCACGUGAAAUCGCUGGAAACGCCAUUUAAUUUACGCCCAA